AUGCCUUACUUCGCAUACUUUCAACGUAAAUCAUUCUCUGAAAGUGCUAAGUUAAGUAGACAUAAACGUAUUCAUACAGGAGAGAAACCAUAUCACUGUGAUUUCUGUGGUAAAUCAUUCUCUGGAAGUAAUGAUUUAAGGAAACACAUACGUAUGCAUACAGGAGAGAGACCAUAUCAUUGUGAUAUCUGCGGUAAAUCAUUCUCUCAUAAUACUGUUUUAACCAACCACAAGCGAAUUCAUACAGGGGAGAAGCCAUAUCACUGUGGUAUCUGUGGUAAAUCAUUCUCUGGAAAUAGUGACUUAACCAAGCACAUGCGUAUGCAUACAGGUGAGAAACCAUUUCGCUGUGAUAUCUGUGGUAAAUCGUUCUCUGGGAGUAGUGACUUGACUCGACACAAGCGUAUUCAUAUAGGGGAGAAGCCAUAUUACUGUGAUAUCUGUAGUAAAUCAUUCUCUCAAAGGGCUAACCUAACUAAACACAAACGUAUCCAUACUGGAGAGAAACCAUUUCAUUGUGAUAUCUGUAGUAAAUCGUUCUCAGGAAGUGGUGACUUAAUCAAUCAUAAUCGUAUUCAUACAGGGGAGAAACCAUAUUUAUGUGAUAUCUGUGGUAAAUCAUUUGCUCAAAAGUGCAACUUAACUUCGCAUAUAUCUACCCAUACAAAAGUGUGACUAUCUUUGUCAGAAUUGAUUACUACUCAAAACAACAUCAAACAGUUCAAGAUCAUUUCCAUUGCCAAGUCAUGAAUUAACCUUGUGGAUUUAACAGUAAUCAAUGAAGCCAGGACAAAACAGAUUCUCGUGGUUUACUUGUUGAUGUAUUGUUUUCCAGCCAGUUGCCCUUCCUUGGUUUGCUUCUUUUAAUAAUCUCUUACAUGAGAUACAUGUAAUUUAUUUGUAGACAUGCUCUUUGUUAAAAUUCAUUAUAUUUAAAAAAUAACUUGUAAACUAUAAAUGUAUUCAUGCUGGAAAGAAGAUAUAGCAAGGUGAAAACAAAUUGCUGUUGCUAUAUUUUAUAUUACCACAGCUAUAUCUCCAUUGGUGACAUGGUGUAUUAUUGUAAUAUUUU